AUGGCGGACCUGGAGGCCGUCCUGGCCGACGUGAGCUACCUCAUGGCCAUGGAGAAGAGCAAGAGCUCGCCCGCCGCCCGCGCCAGCAAGAAGAUCGCCCUGCCCGAGCCCAGUAUCCGCAGUGUGAUGCAGAAGUAUUUGGAGGAGAGAGGAGAGUUAACGUUUGAUAAGAUUUUCGGCCAGAAGAUCGGAUUUUUGCUGUUCAAAGACUUUUGCCAGACCGAUGUUGAGGAAGGGGUCCCACAGCUGAAGUUUUAUGAAGAGAUCAAAGGGUAUGAGAAGCUGGACUCGGAGGAGGACCGCCUCAGCCGGAGCCGGCACAUUUACGACACCUACAUCAUGAAGGAGCUGCUCUCGUGCUCCCACCCGUUCUCAAAGCAAACGGUCGAUCACGUGCAAAGCCACCUGUCCAAGAAGCAAGUUCCAGCGACCCUCUUCCAGCCCUACAUAGAAGAAAUUUGCGACCGCCUCCGAGGAAAAACCUUCCAGAUGUUCCUAGAAAGUGAUAAAUUCACCAGAUUUUGCCAGUGGAAAAAUGUCGAACUCAACAUUCAUCUGACCAUGAAUGACUUCAGUGUGCACCGGAUCAUCGGGCGAGGGGGCUUCGGAGAAGUCUAUGGCUGCCGGAAAGCCGACACGGGGAAGAUGUAUGCGAUGAAAUGUCUGGACAAGAAGAGGAUCAAACUGAAGCAAGGGGAGACGCUGGCCUUAAACGAACGGAUCAUGCUGUCCCUCGUCAGCACUGGCGACUGCCCGUUCAUCGUCUGCAUGACGUACGCCUUCCACACGCCGGACAAGCUCUGCUUCAUCCUGGACCUGAUGAACGGGGGGGACCUGCACUACCACCUCUCGCAGCACGGGGUGUUUUCGGAGGAAGAGAUGAGCUUCUACGCCACCGAGAUCAUCCUGGGGCUGGAGCACAUGCACAGCUGCUCUGUUGUCUACAGGGACCUGAAGCCGGCCAACAUCCUCCUGGACAAUCACGGGCACGUGAGAGUCUCCGACCUGGGGCUGGCCUGCGACUUCUCCAAGAAGAAGCCCCACGCCAGCGUGGGCACGCACGGCUACAUGGCCCCCGAGGUGCUGCAGAAGGGCACGGCUUACGACAGCAGCGCCGACUGGUUCUCCUUGGGCUGCAUGCUCUUCAAACUCCUCCGGGGGCACAGCCCUUUCAGGCAGCACAAAACCAAGGACAAGCACGAGAUCGACCGGAUGACGCUCACUGUGAAUGUGGAGUUGCCGGAUUCCUUUUCGCCCGAACUGAGGUCCCUCCUGGAGGGCCUGCUUCAGCGAGAGGUUGGCAAGAGGCUCGGCUGCCAGGGCCGCGGAGCGCAAGAAGUGAAAGAGCACCUGUUCUUCAAGGGGAUUGACUGGCAGCACGUCUACCUGCAGAAGUACCCCCCACCCCUGAUUCCUCCGCGGGGAGAAGUGAACGCCGCAGAUGCUUUUGACAUCGGCUCCUUCGAUGAAGAAGACACAAAAGGCAUCAAGUUGCUGGACAGCGACCAGGAGCUGUACAAGAACUUUCCCUUGGUGAUCUCGGAGCGCUGGCAACAGGAGGUCACCGAAACCGUUUACGAUGCCGUGAAUGCCGACACAGACAAGGCCGAAGCCAGGAAGCGAGCCAAGAACAAGCAGCUCGGCCACGAGGAGGACUACGCCCUCGGGAAGGACUGCAUUAUGCACGGGUACCUGCUGAAGCUGGGCAACCCCUUCCUGACUCAGUGGCAGCGGCGCUAUUUUUACCUCUUUCCAAACCGGCUGGAAUGGCGGGGAGAAGGGGAGUCGCGGCAAAACCUCCUGACGAUGGAGCAGAUCCUGUCUGUGGAGGAAACGCAGCUCAAAGACAAGAAGUGCAUCCUGCUCCGGAUAAAAGGCGGGAAGCAGUUCGUGCUGCAGUGCGAGAGCGACCCAGAGUUCGUCCAGUGGAAAAAGGAGCUGACGGAGGCGUUCACGGAGGCGCAGAGGCUGCUGCGGCGGGCCCCGAAGUUCCUGAACAAGUCGCGCUCCACGGUGGUGGAGCUCCCCAAGCCCCCACUCAGCCACCGGAACAGCAACGGCCUCUAG